CUAUUUCCGGCUUCCGCGGAUAAUCGGAAAGCCGGACGUGAACACUCAUCAGUAUUCUACAUUUCUACCCCGUUCCGCAUGCGUACUCUUCCAUGUAAAUUUCCUUAUCAUUUUUAUCAACCCCGACAUGAUAACGAAUAUAAAAUGUAAAUCUAAUGUAGGUAUGUAUUUUAUUGUUGUGUUAAAGCAAUGACGUUUUGUUCUAAAUUUUAUUUUUAUAAUAAUUGUUAGUCACUAAGUAUAUGAUGGGCUUUAAAUUGAAAGUUUUUGUCGUAAUAUCGUCUGGAGUGGUAUUGAGUGUGUGUACUUAUGCCGCAUAUAGAAUAUGGAAAAAGCGCCUAAACAGCGCCGACGAUGAAGGUUUUGAAGAUGUUUCAAAGGCGAGUAAAUUUAAUCAUUUUUCAGUAAAUAAUGCACGAAUAACUUAUUUUUUUACACUUACUUAGUUGGAAGAAACAUUAGAAAAAAAAGUGUUGGUGUUGGGUUUGGAAGGAUCUGGUAAAUCAACUCUAGUUUCACAAAUUGUAAAAGAAGUUGGACAAAAAUGUGUCGCUUUCAAUUCUAUUUACAAGCCUACUGAAGGAUUUAAUGUUACAUCUUUAUCAGAUGGAACAUCUCCCACAAUCAACAUAUGGGAAAGUAAGAAAAUAUUUUAUUUAUUUUAAAAUAAAACAUUAAUAUCUAUCUAAUAUUUUGAGUAAACAAAAUACUACCUAGGUACUGUUUUUUUUUAAAGAAAUAUAAGCUAUAUCAGAAUUUAAUGUGCCUAGAUUAAUUCUCCUAUUUUAUCUAUACAUAUUAAGAUUAAUACAUUUAUAACUUAUUUGUAUUGUUUAAUAACAAUAAUAAAGUAAGAAUUUUUUUAAUUAAAAUUAAAUAUAUUAUUACUUUUAUUUGAUAUGAAAACAAAAUGUUUUAAUGUGAAAUUUGUCAUAAAAAAUAGUUUUUUGUAAAUUUACUCGUGAUUUAUAUUUAUGUAAAUUGUAAAUAUAAUAAUGCUAACCAAAGUGAAAACUAUUACCAAAAAAUUAGUAUAUUUAUAAGUAUAUAUUUGUUUGUUACUUUUCCGUUAUAUUGAAAUGCUCAAAAAGAAAAUGUUUUUAAACACUGUCAUUUUGUUUAAGACAGCCAAGAAAUUCUUACCAGCAACAAAAUUUUAAUUAUAAGCUCAACUUGUAAAAUAUUGUAUUAAUUUAUCCCAGUAUCACAAUUUCGAAUAACUAAUAAAUUUCAUUUUUUAUCACCAUUUUAAUUUAAUUCUACUUUAAAAUGAAUUGCGUAUUAAUAAUGAUUUGUUAACUUGUGUUUAAUGUUACAGUUGAUAUAAAAAAAAAAAAUAAUCUUCAUUUAAGGUUAUCAUUUAUUUCUAAAAGAAUAUUUGUAAUAUUAUUUUUUUUUUUUUAAUUGUAGUUGGUGGCAAAGAAAGUGUAAGAAGAUAUUGGGCAAAGUUUUUUCAAGAUACAGAUAUAUUAGUGUUUGUUGUUGAUGCCAGCAAUAAUUCAAACCUAUCAAUUGUUGUGAGCGAGAUUAAAUCAUUACUUGGCGAUGCCCGUUUAGCUUCUGUUCCCAUAUUAGUUCUUGCCAAUAAACAGGUAAAUUAUCAAUAACAUAAAAUUUAGACUAUUGAUUCAAUAAUAUUUUGUGCAUACAAAUUAAUUUCAAUUAUAAUUUUUAUUUUUAAUAAUUUUAAAUAAUCAAAAUUAUGAAUAUUAUAUUUAAAAAAAGGUAGACAUACUUAACACGAUGGGUGGGCCACUGUUGUAGUUGAGAAGCUGAGAAGGUAGGAUAUAGAGGGGAAUUUAAACUAUAACUAUGCGAUUAUACUAUACAACGAUUAAUCAUUGGUAACAAGGAAUGAUUCUGAGUGGAGUUCGGAUAUGUAUGUUUUAUAAGGCCUUAAUAUUUACAAUUUUCAUCAAAAUUUGUAUACAAAAAAAAUACUACAUCAAAUUCAACUUUUUCUUGUUGAUAACCAAGUACAAAUUAUAAUUAAUCUCCAGUUAAAUGCUCAAGCAUUUCUGUUUGAUCUUACAAUUUUAUCCACAAAGUACCUACCAAAUAAAAAUUACACAAAAAAUUUGCAAAAUAUAAAUCUAUUAAUAGCUCAAGAAUAGCUUAAAUGUUUUGAAAAUUUGACCACAUCUAGAAAAGGCAAUUAUUAGAUUUUUGAACAAAUUUCAAGUUUCUAUGAUCAUUUUAAACUGAAUUGCAACAACAAAAAAAAAUUGAAAUUAAUAAUAGUAUUAUUAUUAUAAAUGUUCAUGGUCAUUAUGAAAACUGCAUGGAAAAUCAAAAAAUGACUUCCAAAUGACUAGAUCAAAUUUUUUAUUUGUUUUUAUAAAUAAAAACAAUAUAAUAAUCAAUACAUUUCUCACUUUGCUCAGAAUCUAAAAUAUUAUUUUGUAAAAUUAUUAGGAAAUAUUUAAUACAAAAUUUUUGAAAUAUUUAUUAUUUUAAAUAGUAGAAGGUAAGUUUAAUAUUCAUUUUAAACGUGAGCUGUACUGUUCUAAUUUAUUGUAGGUAAAUAUUAAUACAUUUAAAUAAAGAAAUAUUUGGUAAUUGUUAACUUUUCUUGCUUAUCAAUAUUAAAUUUUAACUGUAUUUCUUCUUAGGAUGUAGUUGGAGCUCUUGGUGCAGAACAGAUCUCAAAUGUACUUGAUUUGAAAAGCAUUCCAUCCAGAUCACAUCAAGUUAAAGUUUUAGAAACACAAACAAAAUCAGGAUCUAAUGAAAUUCACCCAACAGUAUGUGAAGUUCGAAAGGUACUUUUAAAAUUAAGUUCCCACAUAUAACAUGGAUGCAUAUUUGUUUGUUUUUUUUUUUUUUGUGACACAAUGGUAUGUGUAUAAUAUAUAUACACAUAGUUAUUUUAUAAAAAUACUCAAUAUUUAAAUAUAUAUUAUAAUUUUUUUUUUUUUUACAUUUUUGAUACUUAAAGUUCUAUAUUUUUAAAUAAACAUCCUGUAUAUUUUACUAGCUUAUGAAUUUUUAAUGAAAACUUUUAUUUUUGAUUUAAAUUCCCUUCCGUAGAAAUGUAUAUCUGAAAAAUCAAUGUAUAAUCUUGUACCCGAAAAAACAAAAAUUAAUUACAGUAAAUUAUAAACUAAGAAGUUGCAUUUUUACUGGUAUAAGUGACUUACCAUCAAUCUACUUUAAUGUCCACUAAUCAUUGUUAAUAAAAUAUUAAUACCUAGUGAUUUCCAAUAGUUUUAAGUAUAUGAUAGAAAAGUUAAUUUCACGAUUAUUGAAAGGCAGUGCAGUAUUAUAAUUGUAUAUAAUAAAACAAUUCAAAUACUAAAAACACUGGUGUAUAGAACUUAGUUAUUAAAAAGUAAAAAAAUUAAUAAUCUAUUUUAUCUUUUAUAAUUAUUGGUGUCAUGAUGAAAAAAACUUGAGUAUACUUUUAUUUUAUACACAUAAUUAAAGACAAUUCCACAAUUUGGAUUUAUUAUAAACAUGUAAUAUUAAAAUUAUGAUUCAGCAAUUGGUUUUGGCAUUAAAUGUUCAUAUGCCUUUAUGCUUUUAAAAGUUUUAAUUUUUGCACGAAUUUGUUUCCAUGUCAUUUGAUAAACAUUUUUAGGAUCCUUUGUCAUCUCCUG